GGCAUUACAUGUUAUAGCGCAGAGAGAUCGAGGAUCGAGUGAAAGCUGAAGAAGCCACUCCUCCUGACACACCCACAAAACCUUUCCUCUCAUUGGCUCAAGAAAUUUCUUUGACUUUGUAUUCUCCACUUGUAUUGGUACAUUAUUAUUCAGUGUUGCGCAUGUGGCUGGUACGUAGAGGCGCCAAGCAUCCAGCUGUAACGACCUUUAUUGCCUGUGACCUGUAUAAAUGUGCACCUGAAAAAACAAGAUUGCAUUAAUUGACAUCAUGUCUUCCUUUGGGUUAGGGUUGCGUUUGUCUAAAGUUACAGUCGAGCUAGCAGCAGGAAUAGCCAGGCGCAAUCAGACCGUAAAAUCUGGCGCUGUCUCUCUCGCUUGCUCUCGACUUCAACACGUUGAUCAGUCCCAAUCACUUCACACGCUGUCAGCUCAUACACCUGCGAGAUCGAGAUCAAGGCUUCUUCAAGAAUAUAAUAACACUUCAUGUAAUUUGGUCAACUUUGUGAGAAAUAUGUCUGCUGAAACUCUUCCUGAUCCUUCAAAUCUUAUUUUUAGACAGCUUUUUGACUACCAGUCUUACACAUACACCUAUCUGCUUGCAGACAAGGAUACUAAGGAUGCAAUCCUCAUUGACCCUGUCAUUGAACUCGUUAAGAGGGACUUGCAUCUUGUGGAAGAUCUUGGGCUUAAUCUUAUCUAUGCUGUAAACACCCAUUGUCAUGCUGAUCACAUAACUGGAAGUGGUUUGCUCAAAGAGAAGCUACCGAACUGUAAGAGUAUCAUCAGUGGUAACAGUGGAGCCAAAGCAGAUCUCUAUAUUGAUGAGGGUGAUCAGAUCAAGUUUGGUAAUUUGGCCCUAGAAGUGCUUUCAACCCCCGGCCACACAUCUGGGUGUGUCACCUAUGUAUUGCGCAAUGAGACAGGGACACCUGUGAUAGCAUUUACUGGAGAUGCCAUCCUCAUCAGGGGAUGUGGAAGGACAGAUUUCCAGGAAGGUGAUUCUGGGAUGCUCUAUGAUAAUGUACAUGGGAAGAUUCUCUCAUUACCUCCAACAACAAGACUAAUGCCAGCCCAUGACUACACAGGACAGACAGUAACAACAGUGAAAGAAGAGCUGCAGUUUAACCCCAGACUGACCAAGACCAAAGAAGAGUUCAUCAAGAUCAUGCAAGAGCUCAACCUCCCCUACCAAAAGCGAUAGACAAAGCUCUUCCUGCCAACUUGGUGUGUGGAAUAGUUGGAGAGGGAUAUGACAAGUGAGAUAGAACUGGAGACAAAGACACAACGUGUGAAUAAUCCCAUGUGUUAAUCCAUCAUUGAAGGCAAAGUCUUCUGAUGAAAUGAGAGGUUUCUAGCUGGAGAUGGUGUCAAGAUCAUAAUUCAUAUUCAGGUGGAGGCCAGAUUUAAUGUGCAAGGCGAUAUUAUGUAGAUGAACAAUAAACUAUACAAUGUGUUUCUGAAAAAAGGGGGAAAUCUAAUUUCCCCCCAGCUGUUUCUUCCAUAAAUACACAUUCAUGUAAAUGCGUUAUUAGACAUAUACCAUUAUGAAAGAUCAUGUGCUUCCUCUUUGAUAUUAUACCAAAUUUGUGAUCAUAAACCUUUGGAUCAAAUAAGAACCAAAAUAAAGUUAAGAUCGUCGCUGUCAAAAUUGAUUUGGGAAAGAUUGGAAUUUGUUAGACAUAAUAAGUAACAAUUCAUUGGACCUUUCUUCUCCUUCAUUUGAUUUUCUUUUUUUUUAAUCCUUUAUUCCUAAUCAUAAUCAGAUGUUUCACAAGACUAAGUUUAGACCCUGGUUUCAUGAUGAAAAAUAAAGGUUGAGGUGUAUGAUGUAAUGGUCAUAUAAAAAGCCUUUGGAAUCCAGUUGUGAGAUUUAAAAAAAAUGCAAAUUCCAUGCAAGUCUUUGAAGCAAAUGCUCCUCUAUGUGAACUUUUGUUUGGACAAAAGGAACAAUUGCUUGAUUUUUUUUGUUGCUUUUUGCUUUUCUGAUAGCCAUUUAAGCAUUUAUUGAAAAACCCCAACAACAUUGGGUUAAUGGUACCAGUGUACUAUUUACCGAUGUAUGUUGGUGUGUGUGAAUUCAAUAUCUACACUGAAAGAGAAAAUGCCAUUUUUGCUGCAAGGGUUCCUUGAUAACUGAAAUUGUAAUGUAAUAAAACUCAGAUGGAUUAAAUAAUAAUGCAGGGCAAAAGGUUGAAUAUCUUAUAAUAGGGAAUGUAUUUUUGAUACAAGUCUCAAAUAACAUUCCUAUUCGCAGCAGAGAUGAGUGACUGCUAUCAAAUCUGUAGUCAAUUUAUCUAUGCUGCAAAUGUUACUUGCAACUUGUUGUAUAUUCAACCUUUGCCCUGCAUUAUCAUCUAAUCCAUCUGUCAACAUUGAAUUACGCAUUGUGAUGCAAUACUGUAAUUAAAUUUUAAAGAUUAUCUAACACAAUUAAUCUGUACAUGAUCUCCUCAAGUGAUUUUUUAUCCAAUUGUUAUUUAACUGGUUGCAGAAGCUAAAAAGAAAGAAAAGUGAAGAAAGAAAAGUCUCAAAUGAUUUUCUUGGACCUACUGUAUAAUGAAUAAUAUGCCAUAGUCCUGUAGUCAAAUUUUCUCCAGAAUGUCUUUCGAACGGUCUUCAUGAUAAAAAUGUGUAUACAAUAUUCUUCAUUGUAUAUUCCCCAUGUUUCACAGUUUUUAUAUAUGAUAUUCAGAUUAUCUACUGGCAGAUACUUUUUAUUAUUCUAGCAUCAGUAAUAUCUUGUACAUAAUAUUAUGACAGAAUGUAAUUCUUAUAUGCAGCUGUCCUUGUCUUUGUUCCGAAUAUUAAAAAAUUGAAGAAAUGAAUACUGCCCUCUGAGAGGGAGAUAAUCCAACGACAGUUCUCCUAAUCCACUAAAAGAAACUCAUACAUAUGUACAUACAUACAUACAUACACGAGCCAGUAUGAUACAAUCCAACAUUAUUUGUUGUAUGACAAUUCCAGGUGUUUUUUGUAUUUUCGUAACAUUCAUUCAACAUAACUGCAUGCCUCUUCUCGUCAGUAUCAUGCUUUCUUUAAAAGAAUUUCAUUUUGUAUUGUGUUACCAUCUGGGCCCUGUAACACAAAGCUUAGCGAUUGAUUUUACGACCGAUUGCGUUGAUCAUGUUGUCCAAUUAGUCGUAAAAAUCAAUCAUACGAUCAGUUGCUAAGCUUUGUGUUAUGGGGGCCUUGUUGCUAGGAAUAUAACGCUGGUGAUUUAUGUCAAUAUGCAGCAUACCAGAUAGGAAAAUAUACACUGUACUGUAUUUCAUCUAAUGUACGUUUGUCACAUGAUAUAAUCAUAAAUUCUUUUGAAAUCAAAGGGUUUUCUUACAUUUUAUACUAUAUCACUAAGCGAUAAAUAUUAUUAGCUUUUCAAAAUGAAAGCAUUUGGUGUGAUAGAAUCUGCAAUAACACUGAAGAGUAUGUUUGUACUACACAUGUUAUUUACUUGUUCAUGAUAAAAUUGUGAAAUGUUCAUCUGUUCAUGAUAAGAUCAUUAAAAUUUUUAAUAAAAUUAUGAAGGUAAGAGUGCAUCAUCAAACAAACCAGAGUAUUUUCAUUAUCAGAGGUUUGUCAUGAAGUGUUCAUGAAUAAAUCAAAUUAUAUAAAAAUGCAUUUUUUUUGGUCAAUAUUUGUCAUCCCAAUUCAUAUUGAAUAUACGAACAAUUCAAAUGCACAUCAGAUUCUGUUUUUAUAUAAAAAUGUGUUUUUUUUACAAGAAAAGCAGUAUGUGUAAUACAGAGAAAGGGAGGACGAGACUGGCCAACAUCAAGGAAAUCUAUAGAAUCGAGAGAGAGGAAGACAGAGAGAGAGAGAGAGAGA